CUCCAUUUCAAAUCUCUUCCCCCAUGGCGGACCGCGACCGUCCACACCCCCACCAAAUUCAAGUCCACCCUCAACAUCCGCACCGCUAUGAAGGUGGCGUCAAGUCUCUCCUCCCUCAAAAGGGCCCCUCCACCACCCAGAUUCUCGCCAUAAUCACCCUCCUUCCCAUCAGCGGCACGCUUCUUUGCCUAGCUGGGAUCACGCUCGUCGGGACCCUCAUCGGACUUGCAGUCGCCACCCCAGUCUUCGUGAUCUUCAGCCCUGUUCUGGUUCCCGCAGCCAUACUGAUAGCCGGCGCGGUCACGGCGUUUUUGACGUCCGGGGCUUUUGGGCUGACGGGGCUUUCGUCGCUUUCUUGGGUUCUGAAUUCAUUCAGACGGGCGACGGGGCAGGGGCCGUUGGAGUACGCGAAGCGAGGCGUGCAGGAGGGGACUUUGUAUGUGGGAGAGAAGACGAAGCAAGCGGGCGAAGCGAUUAAGAGCACAGCCAAGGAAGGAGGGCGAGAAGGGACUGCACGGACUUGAAGAAUAUGGGUGAAGCUGCAUGCAUCCGUGGCCGGGAAACAUAUCAAUAAUGACGCAGAAUUGUUAUUUAUUUUGUAUCUCUAGUUUUGUAUGUGUGUGUGUGUGAGUGCUGGUGCUGGUGCUGGUGUGGGGAGUUUUAAAUUUUUGUUGGGUUUGUGUAGAAUGUGAUGGAUGGUCCAUGAGAGAAUAUUUGUAAAUCACUUGCUGGAAAUCAAUGAAAAUAGGUGGAUGUGGCUGUCCUCCUUGGUAUUCUCCGCU